AUGUCCAACUCAUCUCCCUCCUCGUCUGCCACAGCAAGACUCUCAUCUACUGAUACAUUUAAACUUAACAAUAUCUGCUGUCUGCUCACCAGAAGAUCGCUGGGAUUUUACACAAAAGAUGCUGGUGUUGUCUAUAGGAAAAAUAUGGGGAUCCUGAGGAAAUUAAUUUGCCAGGAAAGCACAACAUUCAAGAAUGUUUGGACAACACAUUCCACAUCUCCAAUUGCUUAUCAAAGUGGAAAGAUUUAUUUUGACAAUUAUCGGUGCUGUGUGAGCAGUGUCACACCUGAGCCAAGGAUAAUUUAUCAAAUGCCAGCAUGCUCUAAAUCAGAAAAAAUAGAGGAUGCUUUAUUACUGGAAUGCCCUGUGGGUGAAGUGCUGCCCAGCCCACAGGACUACAAACCAUCCUUAGCAGUUCUGACAGCUCAUAAUUGGCUUUUUCGUCUCUCUGCAAGUACUGGAGAAAUACUUGAGAAAGUGUAUCUAACUUCACACUGCAAAUUCAGAUAUCUGAGCUGGGACACCCCUCAACAGGUCAUGGUUGUGAAAUCGGCUCAGUGUAAGGUCCCGGCAGCUGCACGGCAGGCAGGCACCCAGCAGUCUGUGCUCUUCUUUCUUGCUGUAUUCAGAGUUAUGCCACUUUCAUUUAUUGGAAUGCUGGAAAUUGACAAAAAAAUCUUUGGAAACAGCAUAACAGAUGCCGCAGUGUCUCUUAGAAUGCUGAUUGUGAUGCACAGCGUUGGUCUUGUCAGGCUAUACAGCUUCCAGUCCAUCUCUGAAAAGUUUAUGACACAACAAGUGGAUUUGGGCCAUGAAUGCAACUGGAAUGGCAAAGUUGGGAUUGUGGGAGAAUACCCUUUUGGCAUUCCUUGUAAUAUUAAAAUAACAGAUACUCCAGAUCUGCUUUUUGAGGUGUCUUCCCUGGAGAACACAUUUCAGAUUGGAGGAUACCCUUGGCAUUAUAUCAUCACUCCUAACAAGAGAAGCCAAAGAGGAAUCUUCCAUGUUUGUUCCUUGAAAGACCACACUUUGGCAAAGAACGGCGUGCAGGACAUGAAGUGCUGCUCGUUGGAACCUGAUUGGAUCUCUUUCCACCCGGACAGUUCUGGAAGAAUACUCCACGUAGGACCAAAUUUGAUUAAAAUUUUGAAACUGAAGGAAACUGAUAGUAUCACAGAACAGCAGGAAAUCAAAGAAGACUUUAUCAUUGAGGCCCACAGGGAAAACGAUGUUAACAACACUGUAACGGUAACAGCUUCCGGCCGAGUAGUAAAGAAGCGUAUUAACUUACUUGAUGAUGAUCCGGAGCAAGAGACUUUCAAAAUUGUGGACUAUGAAGAUGAAUUGGAUUUACUGUCUGUCGUGGCAGUUACUCAGAUAGGGGGCGAUGGGGCCGCUCAUCUGGACUUCCAUUGUAAUGAGUCUGGGACUCGACUCAAGCGCAUUCUUUUUGCAGAGUCGUGGGACGUGACUUACAGCCACGAAGUUUACUUUGACAGAAAUGUGGUGCUGCACAUAGAACAAAAACCCAACAGGAUCUUCAGCUGUUACGUUUACCAAAUGGCCUGCAGUAGUUCGAGAGAGGGCGAAAGCAGCAGGAAAGAUAAAAGGGAGCGACGCUUUUGCAAAAAAAUGGGAAGGACUUUUGAAUGUUUUUAAAGAACCCCUGUUGUUUUUAGAGGCUCUGCUACAGACAGCAUCCAAAGAGCUGUAAACCACAAUGGGCUAG